AGCUACAACGUGAAUAUUUUGCGAAAUAAAAUAAACAGAGUUAUCAACAAAGUACGAGCACAAUGGGAACACACGCGAUCUUGAAGAAUUUUCGUUCUUCGCUGAUUCCAGCACAUUCGAUAUCUCAUAGAUCAUUUCUUUAUUGGAUUACAAUCAUGUUCAACAGGGUGGAUGAAAAAAGAGUUAAGGAAGUUGGUCCUGACCGAGCCUGUGCUGAAUGGCUGUUAAGAAAUGGAGCUGCAGUUAAAUGGAGAGAGGAUGGAAGUAUUCUGUCAGACUACAAUGCUCUUUCCUCGUUGGAAGAACCGCAGAAACAUAUCGAAGCAGUUGAUGCUACCGAUUCUUCUAUUAGCUAUCAUGGAUUUCCACAUUUCCAUGGAUGCAAUUACAUAAAUGAAGUCAAGCUGGUCAACUGUACUUACGUUGAGGAUCCAGCUAUCCCCUACCUUGCUAUACUCAAAAAUACUUUGAAGCAUCUUGAGAUAAGUAACUGCCUUAAUAUUUCAGAGAAGGCUCUAUUCGAUCUGGAUAAACUCACAAAUUUGAAGAAGCUGGAGCUUAGGGAUAUGCCGCAAGUCAAGAAUAAAAGUGAAGUUUUAGAAAAGCUUACCAAGUCUUUGCCAGAUUGUAACGUUAUUUUUACAUGAGAUUUGUCUGUGUAACAUAAUUUACUUUACAAAUAUUUAUAUAUAACUGUUGGCCGCCUAGAAAUAAACAAAUCA